AUGCUGCUUGUGGUUGUUUUUGCAUUGUUGGCGUUCAGCACAGUUUUUGGGUGUGAAAAUCCGACGGUUCAAACCCGGUAUUAUACAUCGACAGAUUCUCUUCUCUCCUCGAAAACAGUUUUCAUUGUCGAAGGUCGAGCGACUUGUGAAAAUGAUGAGUUGAGUGAACUUUAUGCUGUGCUUGGUGAUAAAAUUGUUCCUGUCAGUCGAAAUCUGGAGACAGAUGAGUUUCAAGUUACCUUCUCCGAUGAUCAUAUGAAAUUACCCAAGGGUUACUACUCAAUUCGUUUCUACGAUGAUGUGGGUUACUUACACCUACGCAAAGCGCAAAGCCAAGGUCGACCACUUGAUAGCGUCAAGCCCGUUUUUACAGUUGAUGUUUACCACCCCGGUAUAUGGCUUAGUCCCCUAAUCCACUCGGAAACUGUUGCUCUUUUGGCUGCUUCUCUCAUUGGCUUCGGCGCCGUUAUCACGAAAAACAAUUCCAAGGCGGUAGAAGCGUCAGGGACAGCCCUUUGUGGAGGGAGCAACCUCUCGUUAGAGGUUCAAAGACCUCAACUCUACCGAGGGGUGAUGCAUCAGGUUGGAGGAAACUCCAAUGAUUCAACCGCUGAUUUGCGCGUCGCUACUGACAUGCAGAGAAUAUGA